AUGAGUGCAGGGAAUGAUGAUAAAGACAGUGGUCAGCAGCUGGUAGGGGACCCUGGCUUGAGGAAGCAGUCUUCUGUGAACAGGACAGAUGAACAAUGGGAACGGUUCAGAAACAUUGACAAGCAAAAGUCAUCCGGAAAGGCACUCUUUAACCUGAGCUGCAGCCAUCUCAAUCUUUCUGAAAAGGAAUAUUUUGGAUUAGAAUUCUGCAGCCAUUCUGGAAAUAAUGUUUGGUUGGAACUUCUGAAGCCCAUAACAAAGCAAGUAAAAAAUCCUAAGGAGGUUGUUUUCAAAUUUAUGGUGAAAUUUUUCCCAGUGGACCCUGGACACCUUCGGGAAGAACUCACAAGGUAUCUUUUCACUCUUCAAAUAAAGAAGGAUUUGGCUCUGGGAAGGCUGCCAUGCAGUGAUAACUGUACGGCGUUAAUGGUGUCACACAUCUUACAAUCAGAAUUAGGAGACUUUCAUGAAGAAACUGUGAGGAAGCAUCUGGUACAAACCCAGUAUUUACCAAGCCAAGACUGUUUAGAGAGCAAGAUCAUGCACUUUCAUCAGCAGCACAUUGGCCGCAGCCCAGCUGAAUCAGACAUUCUGCUACUGGACAUAGCAAGGAAGCUGGAUAUGUAUGGCAUCAGACCUCAGCCUGCCAGUGAUGGCGAAGGGAUGCAGAUUCACCUGGCUGUUGCUCACAUGGGAGUACUGGUGUUACGGGGAAAUACAAAGAUUAAUACUUUCAACUGGGCUAAGAUCCGAAAGUUGAGUUUUAAGAGAAAGCAUUUUCUCAUCAAACUUCAUGCUAAUAUUUUGGUGUUGUGCAAAGACACUUUGGAGUUCACCAUGGCUAGCCGAGAUGCAUGCAAGGCUUUCUGGAAGACUUGUGUGGAGUACCAUGCUUUCUUCAGGCUUUCCGAAGAGCCCAAAUCAAAGCCCAAAACACUACUCUGCAGCAAGGGUUCCAGUUUCCGCUACAGUGGAAGAACUCAAAGGCAACUUUUGGAAUAUGGGAAAAAGGGGAGGUUAAAGAGCCUGCCGUUUGAAAGGAAACAGUAUCCAUCUCAGUAUCAUGAACGGCAGUGCAGGUCAUCACCAGACAUUCUCUCUGAUGUGUCAAAACAAGUGGAAGAUCUGAGGCUUGCAUACGGCAGUGCUUACUACCGAAAUGUGAAUGGAGUACACGCAUCUGAGCCUAUGCUAGACAGCAGGAGGAGGAACUCAGCAGUCGAGGUGACAUUUGCAGCAGAGCUGGAGCGUUCCAAACCAGAGGCAGAUCCCACACCGCUCCACCCAUCCCAAAGCAGUUCCUCUUUCACCUUUGUUUAUGCGGAUCCUGUCUUUACCACGGACCCUGAUCCCAUAGACUUCUUUGAGGAACGGAGCCCUCUAAGCUCCUUCCAAACAAACUCCAAGUUUGUGGACAAUCACAUAAGCACAUCUCCUGGUUUCACAAGCAAAGUGAGUCCAGCAAGGCAGCUAACAUACACCGAUGUGCCCUAUAUUCCUUGUACUAGUCAACAGGUUGAUAUUAUGCCUCCUCAAGUCUUUUUUUAUGUGGACAAGCCACCCCAGGUACCCAGAUGGUCUCCAAUCAUGGCAGAGGAAAGUGUGAGACCAGGCAGCUGUAUAGAUCCCAGUGCAAUAAAACCAGCCAAAAGGAGCCCAAGGAAUACCAGGAUAAAAAGCUUACAGCAAGACCUUCAAGAACUCCAAGAAGCUAUGGCUAGAACUAGUGGUAGGAGCAAUAUCAAUGUAGACCUAGGGGAGGAAGACCCACAUUUAGAUGAUGCAUUUGCAUAUAACCUUCAAGAGCAAACUCCUAAACGAUCUCAGAGUCAAUCGGACAUGAAAACUAUCCGUUUUCCUUUUGGGUCAGAAUUUAGACCUUUAGGACCUUGUCCUGCUUUGACUCGUAAAACAGAUCCGUUUACAUGUACAUUUGCAGAGCAGGAGUUUACCACAGUUCUAAUGGACCAGAGCUCAGCAGAAAGGUAUGUAGCUAGUGAGUCCAGUGAUUCAGAAUCAGAAAUUCUUAAACCAGACUACUACUCUUUGUAUGGCAAAGGAACAAAGUCACCUAAGGCCCGAAUCCGCUUGUCUUCUGGUAGUCUGCAGCUAGAUGAAGAGGAUGAAGAUAUUUCUUUCACCACACCAGGUGCUGAAGACAGAACUUUGCUAAAGCCAUGCAACUAUUUCUUAGCUUGAAAGAGGGAACUCUGUCAAUGUACCUGGCCAGUUCCAUGUUACUACCUUAGGUAAGACGUAAGAACCUUUUGAUACACCGUUUCCUUAGUCCUCUUAAUUGAUGCCAAGAGACUCUUCUCAUUUCAGGCACCCAGCUUAAGAAAGAUCAAGUUGCUGCCUCAUUCUAUGAGCUUCACUCUUGUCUUUCCUCCAAACAGACUCUUGAACAUGCCUUCUCCUCCCCAGCACUAUGGCAGUGUGAGGGAAGUGUAUGACACCACCAUUAUACAUUUCUUUGAGCAGAUAUAAUAAAUGAAGAGCCAUUCUUCAAUGCUGAAGAAUGAUGAUGUGGUUGGUGUAUGGACUGGCUUCUAAUGCCACUUUGUGAUUUAGCAGUCCAUGAUUAUGUUGGUGUUGUGUGUGUGUGUGUGUGUGUGUGUGUGUGUGUGUGUGCGCGUGCGUGCAAGCGCGCACACGUGCUUAUGUAACACUAAAUUAUGGUUUCUCUCCUCAUGACUUGUUUGGGACCCAGUGAACAGUCUUGUUAUAUACUAAGAAUGUUAAUAUACAUAGGUGAGUGGCAUAGAUCCUCUUAGCAGAACAUGUUUAGAAUUAAUAGAAGAUUUGACAGAAUCUCACUGCUGGAUAUUCAUGGAUUAGGCUCAUUUCUCAAGCCAGAUAAUGUGCCUGAUGAAGAUAUGAUGUUAAUUUCUAAUUUCUCUCUUCUUAACUACUUAUUAUAUAUGGUAGGAAUCAAUGUUAACAAGCAAGUUUGUUUAUUAAUUUCUCCUGCCAGAAUUUAUUUUUGCCAUAUCUUGGUUGUAUGCAUGUAGGCAAGGAUCUGAGGUGUUAUUUUAAUAAAGAGUGAUGGAAAAUCCACUCAAACAGAA